AUGAGCAGGGUAGGAUAUUCAGAGUCCUGGGCCGGAGGCGAAGGCCGCUGGAUAAAGCGGAGGAGUAGACGGCGGUCCGUGCGGUUAGAGCUCAGAGACUCAGGAGGGGAACAUACGCUGCUGACUGCCUGGCCAAAGAUGAACACCAUUGUGUUUAACAAGCUGAGCAGUCAGGUCCUGUUUGAGGAGAAAGCAAAGGAGGUAGAAAUGACCAGCAGAAAUUACCUCGAAGUAAUCGACGGGCAACAUCCAGACCUUCUAUCCAGUAACCAGAGCAUCAGAGACAACCAGGCAAUCCGGCACAGGCGGAGCGGAGGUCGUCCAAGUGGUGGAAAAGUGCGUCACAAGCGCCAGGCCCUGCAGGACAUGGCAAGGCCUCUUAAACAGUGGCUCUACAAGCACAGAGACAACCCUUACCCAACCAAGACAGAGAAAAUCCUCUUGGCACUUGGCUCACAAAUGACUCUUGUCCAGGUAUCAAACUGGUUUGCCAAUGCCAGGAGACGACUGAAGAACACAGUCAGGCAGCCAGACUUAAGCUGGGCUCUCAGAAUCAAACUCUACAACAAAUAUGUCCAGGGCAACGCAGAGAGACUGAGCGUCAGUAGUGAUGACAGCUGCUCAGAAGAUGGGGAUAACCCUCAGAGGACACAAAACAGCCCUGAGGAACUCAACAAACCUUUGUAUCAGAGUGUCAUCAAGAAAGAGGGUGCCUCUAUGGUGAGCAUGGCCAUGGGUAUGGGUAUGGGCACAGGGCUGCGUUCCGCUGCUGAAGCUGCCUCAUUGGCUGAGGACUACGUGUCUCCACCUAAAUACAAGAGCAGUCUGCUGCACCGCUACCUGAAUGACUCCCUGCGACAUGUCAUGGUGGCCAAUGCUGUCAUGGACGCUCGCAAGAGGAACCACUCUGGCUCCUUCAGCUCCAAUGAGUAUGACGAUGAGCUUCUCUCGCCGUCCUCUUCUGAGGCCGAAGCAAACUUUGUUUAUCGGGCUGUACCAGAUUUCACUUCGUCAAAGAUCAUAUAG